UCUUUCUAACUUCUUCAAGAAUAAUGAGCAAUCAUGCAGAAUCUUCAAACUUAAAUAGAAAGUAUUCCUCUAGAAAUUUUGAUAAUGAUGAAUAUAUUUAUAUUUUAAGUGAAAAUGAAAGAACUGAAAAGGAAUAUAAGAAGCAAGAGGGAUUAAAAUAUUCAGAUACUGAAUUACUUCAACUUUCUUUUAAAUUACAACAUUUUAAUAAAAAAAAUCAACAAAAAAUGAAUAAAAGUAACAGCCAAUAUAAGGAAAAAAGUUGUAUAACAGGAAUAAGAGAAAGCAUAUAA